GAAUGUGGGGAAACUUCCUUUAUUCAGAGAAUCGUUCUGGGAGCUGAUUCAGCUUCAAGGGCUGCAUGACACUUUUUUUUUUUUUUUUAAAAAGGACUAAACUCCUUAUAAAGAAAAAUAAUUGCAAAGGCUCACAGAUUCUGUGUGCUGCUCACAUGGGGCUGGGCGCGAGUCACAGGCCAGAGCUCUUUGAACUUGCCGGCUGCUGCUAGGACUCCAUUGAGCCUCCCAAGCGUUCUGAAGUGCGGGAUCAGGGCUUGGGCCUUGUGGGCACAGCGACUGAGGGGGAGCAGGAAUAGCGGGGCCACGUUCCCUCGCUAAGCAGAACUUCCUCGCCGCCCCGGUGCUAAGCCGACGCCGGGGCCGCUGUUCGGACGCUGCGAACAGGGAGGCGCGUUGUGCGCUCACCCGCUGUUCGCGCCUCUCGCGCUACUAGAUGUCACUUAACUUGGAUUCUGAAGAUGACUUCUGUUUGGAAGAAAAUAGAUUCAAGCAGUAUUGUGCAGAGUUCAUUAAACAUUCACAGCAAAUAGGAGAUGAUUGGGAGUGGAAAAGUAUAAAGGACUUUCCUGAUGGUUAUAUGAGUAAAACACACUUCCAAAUGAAAAAUGGAAAUACCUCAUUAAUUUUCAAGGACAGCACUAAGGAGAGUGAUGAGCAAAUAUUGACACACGUUGAGAAUCACAGGACUGGAAGAUACCUCAAGAGGUCUUCUAGUCCAUUCCCCUGCACUCAAGUUUGUCAGUUCUUGCAUCUCCCUCAUGGAUUGAGUCAUGGCAGAGGAAGCAUUAAGGAAGCCCUGGAUGAUUCUCAAGUAGCUGGAAUCUGUGCAACAUCAGAAGUGAUUCGUUAUGAGUAUCAUGUCUUGUAUUCCAGCAGCUACCAAGUACCAGUGCUUUACUUUAGGGCAUGCUUUUUAGAUGGAAGACCUUUAACUCUAGAUGAAAUUUGGGAAGGCGUUCAUGAAUGCUACCGGGCUCGUCUACUGGAGGGGCCCUGGGACACCAUUACACAACAGGAGCACCCAUUACUUGGUCAACCAUUCUUUGUCCUUCAUCCCUGCCGGACUAAUGAAUUCAUGGCUCCUGUAUUGGCUAAUUCACGAAGAGAGAACAGGAAUAUAAACUACAUUACAUCAUGGCUGAGUAUUGUAGGCCCAGUUGUGGGGCUAAAUCUACCUCUGAGUUAUGCAAAACUAGUGUCUGAACAGAAUACAAAAGCAGAUUAAAUCUAAAGGGCCCCAAGUUGAAGCACAGGUAUUUGAGAAUUGCAAAGCGAUUGCAGCCUUGUCUGCGACAGACCUGACACAAACUACCCAGUUCCCUGACAGUCAGCAGAGCUCAGUAAGGCUUGCCAUUCGGGGCUCUUCCCCCCUGGCAGCAACAUGCUUGAUGACCGCGGAACACCUAAGAGCUGGCUGCAGUUAGUGACACCUCACAUUCCACCCGGACACAAGCUCCAUUCCAUGUGACAACGCUGACUCUUUAGGAUUCACUUGCUCAUUUCCUACCUCAGAUUCUCCCUCCUUUUUUCUCUGGGUUUGGUCUUUACUGAGAUUGUAUCAGAACACCUAUAAAAGGCUGAGUUUUCUGGCAUGGGAUUGAAACAGUGGAUUUAAUUCUACUCUGAAAGGUAUCAGACAGCACCACUGUGUAUCUAGAGAAGUAUGCUAUCAGUCUGCAGACGUUCCACAGUGAUGCAGUUAUAUAUGUGAACGUGGGCUUGAUUCCAUUUUAGGGUUAGUAUGUUACCUGGAGAGGAUAGGGACACUUAAUUGCCAAAACUCUGAUCAUCAGAUACCUCAGGGUGUAUUGGAGAAUGUAUUGUAUACGUAUUGCUUAAUUGAAUGAAUGGGUCAGAACUGUAGAUGAAUAGUACUAAUAGUCUAUGUAUUGGUUAAAAUUAUACAAUUCUACAAUUCAGGGUGCCUCAGUACAAUCAUGUGAGCAUGCCACUUCUUCCUUCUUCACUACUUCUAAAGGGUUUUGUCUCCAAGGGAAGGUACUGUUGUAGUAAAUUAGCAUUUCUGGUUGAGCUAGUCAUUAUUCAGGAGUAAAGGCCUGAUCCUGCAAUCCUUACUUAAGCUAAACUCCCACUCAUAUCAGUAGAGUUUUGAGAAAGUAGAGAUUGCAUAAUAGGGCGCCAAGAUCAGCAAAAAAACAGGUUAGAAAUAACUUUAGUGUGACAGUCAGUUUUGAUUCCUUCUGAAUCAUGUUUUGUUCCAAGUGUUCUGCAUUUAUUUUGUACAGUUUCUCAGUAGAUAAGAAUUACAGAUUUUGCCUUUACAUGUUCAAUGAAGAUGACACUUACAUGGGGAGUCAAAUAUUAGAAUAUGUUGGAUCAAAACUGCAAAUGUAAAAUUUAUGGGAUUUAAAAAUCUGUGGUCUCAGAAGUUUUAUCAUCAUGUUUUUAAUUUAGUUCCAUCAUGUGUGUGAUGUAAAACAUAAUACAAUCCUUAAAAUGCUAUUGACAAAGUAAAAUUGUUUUGCCAGGCCAUUUGGAAUUUAUAGUAAAUGAUACUAAAACACAUUAUUUAUCCUAUACUGGAUUCUAAUAAUCUGUGAUACCUUUGUUCCCUCCAUGACUUGUAAAAUGUAGUUCUUUGUUGACUUCUCAUGACAGCAGUCAGAUUGCCUUCUUUUCAAAACAUUUGGUUAUGUAUGUUUUAUUGUAAACAAUAUCUGUAUCCUAUUUCACACGUUGAAAGAAGAAUUAUUUCUCUUUAUACACGAGGAGAAACAAAUUACAGGAAAAUAAUAUGAUUUUAAAUCUGUGUUUAGAAGCCCAGAUGCUCAGCCCUGCUUCAUGCCCUUUGUGCUGCUUCAGUGAAGCAAAGGGGCUCAAACAACCAGCUGAAGAUUCCCAGCUGGUCAGUCUAGCCAACUUUGCACCAACUGCUUCUUCCUCCAUCCCAGCAUAGGAUGAGGCAUGGCCAGAGCAAAUUUUGCUUUGGCAAUCCUGGGACACUGGAAUGGCUGCUAGUCCCAAUGCAAAUUAUAGAAGACUGCUCUCCUUGCCCUGAGGGUUGAAUUAUCUUCCACUGUCCUCGGAAUCAGGCAGGGGAGGAACACAAAAAAUACACAGUUCCAUAUACUUGCAUGCACAAGUAUGCACACAUAUGCACUAGGUGCACUGACUGCUGCAUGGCCCUAUUGGAGGAUCUAGCUCAUGGUUAUCUUUCUGUAGCAUCACAGAUGUUACCCAGCAUUGACCUAUGGGUCAAAUGUACAGAAUAAACAAGUCCUUGCCCCCAAGAAAUCCAAUUUUUAAGAUACAGGGCCAGUAAAAUAUGACACAGAAUGCAGAGUAGGAUUUAAUGUAUAUAGCUGGAGUGCUUGUUUUAAAAUAUUCUUCCUAGGCUUAGUGUGGAGGAUUCCUUGAUAAAGAACCAACAGAUACUCUUUUUCACUUUCAAGUCUUAUUUAUUGGACUAGUUUUUGGCCACCUGUCAGAAAAUAGAAGUAACAAAAUGGUUUGGAGUAAAAUGUAUUUGCAUAGUUUCCUAGAUAUUUCUAGGAGACUAACACUUUCUGUUUUCCAGGCAUAGCAGACUUGUUGAUAAUACCCCUUCCAGUCAUGACUAUUCUAUACUAUUGACCUGAGAUAAUCAUUGUUCAUAAGAUUACAAGUUCCACAAAACACUGUCCUGGAGCGUUACUGUGAGUACGGUCUUUCUGUCCAUGUGACAGCAUUAGAUAAAUUAACCCAUGGAAUAUAAUUAUAGACAAAGGAAGUUCAACUUGUAUAAUUUAUUAAUGCAGUUACUCAUAUGAGGCCACACCUCACCAGUCUCAAGUUAUGCUAGCUAAGUAUGAAGUUAGUCCAACAGAAUGGACCCCCACCACCCUUCUGUUCAGUCAACGUUCCUUUACAGACCUGAUUUUUUCUGUUUCAUCCAAGCGUUACAAAGAAAUGGGGUUGUCAUGUGGACUGAGAAAUCGACAUUCAGUUUCUUUUAUACGCAACAGUCCCCAUUGUACAACAUGGUUUUUCCUCUUUCAUUUAUCAUUGUAAAGAAGACCCAGGAUGAUUUGGAAAAAGCAUGGCACAUUGUCUUUGAUUUCAGAUCUGUCCUUGAAGGGGUAAGCCCAGGCACAUGUCACAUGGGUAGCUGCACUGGUGACUUUUUUUUUCAGUACAUUCUUCCCACUAUACCUCCAGGAGCACCCUUUGCCAAUAACACCCUAUGCCUGCUUUGAAAGGCAAACUGUUUCCAGUUUCUGAAGCCCAUUCAUCUCCAGCUGAUAAACCCCUUCUAAAUCCCAGCGGAGUAAUAAUGAGCACCUUGGUGCUGCCCUCACAGUUGUUUAGAUACUAUGAUAAUAGAUACAAAAUGUUAAGAUAAAUAGGUGGGUUACAGCAACUGGGAGAGUUGGACACAUAGAUGAGUGAUCUGGCAAAACGCAUCAUACAUCUCUUAACUUUGUUUAUUUAGCACUAAUAAACAACUAAAAAUUCAGAUCAUUAAGAUGGUUAGUUCAAAAAUCCUCUGUAUUUUGGCUAAGAUGUCAUCAGUAAUAAAAAACAUUUCGUAUAAGUAAUCUAGUGACCUUCUAAAACAUUUAACACGUUUGCUCACAAAAAUCGUAUCUAAUUUCAAAAUUAGAUCAAUCACCAGUGCUAUAUUUUAUUUUAUUUGGCAAGUCCAAAACACCUAAGUUUUUGGCAGCAUAGGUUAUUCUUUAAGUUUUGCAAAACUGCUACAGAAGCGUUUUCAAUUAUAAAGCAGUUUUAAAUCUCCUUAAGUUUCUUGUCUGAAAUCUGGAAAGAAAUAUUGAGAAGCCUACUACUGGAGACUCUUUUUUAAAGGAAGCCACCAAUACUUGCCUUUGAUUACAAGAAUCAGAGAAUGUAACCAGCCACAUGUGCUCAAUUGCAGUUUGCCUUUGGUUUCCUGUAGGAGGCAGGAACACUGUUCUAUAUAUGUAUGCUUCUUUUUUGCAUUCAGGCAUAAUCUGCUCCAGUAGAAAGUUUGGUUUUGCUUUGGUUAUGGAAGAAAUAUUCUUUGAGUCAAAUUAUGUUCUCAUUUUCAUCAGUAGUGACUGCACUGAUUUCAGUUUACACUGGACAACAUUAGAGCAAGUCAAGUAACCUAAAUUAAUCCCUGUUCUGACUCCGUUGAUUUCAUUGACAUUUUUCCAGGAACGAAUUUGGGGCAAUAGUUCUUUCCCAGUUAGCACAGCUGUGAUUCAAAGAGUUAUUGUAGACUUUUACAUUUCAAUGUAUAUUACACAGAAUUUCAGUCCCAACAAAAAAUAUUGAGUAACUUCUAUUCCAUUAUAGCACAACCUGAAAUGUGAAGUUCCUACUGGCUCCUAUCAUAGGAUAUCAGGGUUGUAAGGGACCUCAGGAGGUCAUCUAGUCCAACCCCUUGCUCCAAGCAGGGCCAAUCCCAAUUUUUGCCCCAAAUCCCUAAAUGGCCCCCUCAAGGAUUGAACUCACAACCCUGGGUUUAGCAGGCCAAUGCUCAAACCACUGAGCUAUCCCUGCCCCCAUUCUGUCAUCUAAAAAGUCUAGCUUUUAUGGUAAUGUGUUAUGUAUCUUGUAAAAGACACAGUUUUUAAAAAUGUUUUUGUGAUUCACCCCCUUAGCAAUAAGAAAGGGAAGUCAUAACAAGUGCUUACCAGCUGGAAGAGAAAGAUACAGCUAGAAGUUCCUACUGCCCACUUUAGGGCUGCAGCUGCUUGACUGCUAAAUUUAAAAGACCAGCUUGAGAACAGCAUUCUGGGAAAGUACUGCUGGGGAGUGUUAGUGGGAAUAGGAAAGUGCUGUGCUUACCACUGUUAGGCCCUAUUUUUCAUUAGGCUGUUACCAAGUUUUGUUUUUUUAAACUCCAAGGAAACUUUCACUUAAGCAUUCAAGGGACUGAUAAAACUGUGACUUACUAGGGAGAAUUUUUAACUGAAGGUUAGAGAGCCAUUCACUUGUUUGAUAAGAGGAUGAUGUUUAUAGAAGAUCUUAUUGAACACGUUUCCCUAUUCUCAAGCGUGUCAGAACACAACCUCCCUUUCUGCAGCACCAGUGGAUUUUUAACUUGUGGUAACUUUGCUAGAGCAACAUCCUGCGCUUAAUUCACCCUGGAGGGUCAUGUCUGGAGGAGAGCAGGCAGUUCGCUCCUCUGUGGUUGCUCUCCCUAAACCACACCAGCAGGCACUAGAUAGGUACUAGAUUUCAGUGCCUCAUUUGCCCAUGUCCCCUUUUCCUAGUCAUUGCUGGCCAGCUUCAGGCUCAUUGGCAGAGCAGAGUCUGUGCCAGUGGUGUAGCUAGGAGUGGAAAUUUGGGUAGGUCCCAAUUUAUGGUGGAUGGGCAAUGACCAAAGUUCUGAGAUCACAGCAAAUCAUUUAUUUUGCAUAUUACUAUACUAGAUAUAUAUUAUUAUUGCAUAUUAUAUUUAUUUUAAUUCUGGGGGGCCAAGAUUGUAGGAUGCAGAGAAGGAAUUUGAGUGCAUGGAGCCCAGGGACUGAGCUUGCCAGUGGAGACAGGCAAUCCCCACAGCCUUUGGGUUGUCAGGGUUGGGGGUGCUGGUUAGCGCCUGUGCAGAGCCAGGCUCACUGACGGGCUGCAGGGCUCCUUGGUGUGCAUGGGGUGGUACCGUCGGCGGCGAAGCAGGCAGGCAGGCAUGUGGAUGCCCUGGCUGUGCUGGAAGAGUGCCCAUUAACAGUUCUGCCCUUGGGCCCAGAAUUGCUGUCGGCAGGCCUGGACUCGGCUGACACCAAAGUUGUUUGGAAUCCGGAGAAGUUUGCAGCCCUGGGUGGAGGCAGGGAUGGGGCCAGCUAUGGUGUUCUGCAGAUGGACCAAGAGCCAACUUCUCUUAGACAAGUCUCCCUGAACCUCAACCACAUGGACAUUGGCUUCUGCAUUCACACUGGCUCAGAUUUGGGUGGGCUUGGGUGCUAAUUGGGUAGGCCGUGUGGUCCACCCAUGCCCACCCCUUGUGAGACAAUUUUCACCACCAGUGAUCUGCAUCACUGGGUUACACCGCUGGAAGCUGGCUGAAUCAACCUCCCAUCUCCUCAACUUCAACAUGACACCUUUAGUGUACAGCACCUUGAAAUGCAGAGGGAAAAGCUCAUGUUGCUGGCUAUGCUCCAUAUUUGAUGCUUUCUCCACCUCCAGAGCCAACAAGAGCCCACACUGGCUGAGCAUGUGUGGGAAAAGAUUUGGCAAACUGUAGAAAUGAGCUAAUCCUUUUUCUCUUUGCACCUGAUCCAAAAUAAAAUCCUGAACUGUUACUAGUAGAUCAUAGCCAAGCUUUACUUGGCCCGGAUAAGACUGAGCCAGAUGCUGGAGAUACUGUUCUCCAAGCAUCAUAAGGUUUAUUCUCUCACAUCCUAAAGUUAGCUGUCACUUGCCUACUGUGGUCAACCAUCUGCUUUAAUAUUUAUAUAUGCCCUGCUUUAUGAAGCAGGAACAUUGACUAGUGUUGAUGAAAGAAUCACACAGCAAAGCGGAACUAGUUCUUUCUUCUCCAGGCUCCUCUCUGCUGUAUUUCUAUUGAUUUCUGUUUUGGGGGAUUUGGCUUUUAUAGCGGGUGGUUGUAAGAUUUAUAAAGUAUAAAGCCAUUUGUAUAGGAAGGUCAAAUAUCUGAGUUACUCUUUAAUUUAUUUGGGCUUUGACUUCCUUUCCGGAGCAUCUUUUAUUCCAAAUAACACAAGUCAGAGCUCCUCCAAGCUGGUAGAAUACACAAAUGUGUUCUCUGGACAAAUCCUGACGCCAUUUGCUAACUCACCCGUUUGACGUGUCGGUUUAGUCUGUAUAACCUAAUAGCAUGGGUUCAUUAAACAAAUUAAAAUUCAACUUGAAACAAAGUA